GUCACUCUGGCCCUUGCGGCCACACGCUUCUGCUCAGACUCACCUGGGACGCCCUCGCUAGGAAACCACUUACUGAACCGUCAUGGACGAUGAGGAGACCGAGCUGCGCAACCCGUUCCCGUCUCCGCCCUCGCACUAUACACGCUACACGCCUCACAACCUCAAGCUCCUCGAGCUGCUGCGCGAGCGUCAAGGGGAAGAUGCAGACCUAUAUGCGCUGAACCAGUAUGAGGUGCUCUCGGACCAGACGGACGUGCCCGACUGGCCAAUCGCGCAGCUGGAGAAGCCUCGUGUCGACUGGAUACUGGAGGAGGGGCACUACACCGUCUUCGGCGACACUUGGUUUAUCAAGGAGAAGAUACCUUCGCUAGCUGAGCUGGGCGGACACCAGCUCUAUCCCGCAGACCCUAGCGUCGACCGCCGGCCAGCACUCAAUAGCAUCCUGCGCUCUCUGCUGGUCACAUAUUCUAAGCUGCUGAACUCGCUCCUCUUGCCGCCACCUACAGCCUCCUCCCAGAUUGAGCCAGAAUGGAAGCGGCACCUCGAGUGGAUCAACAUACUGGCGCAGAACAUCAUGGCUGCUGCGAAUGACCUCCGACCUGUCCAAGCUAGGGGAAACCUAGAGCUUAUGAUGCGCCGUCAGCUCGAGCUUCGAAAGGAGGAGACUAAAACCAUCCAUGCGAAAUGCGAUUCCCUGGAGGCACAACUAGCAGAGCUUCGUCUGGCUUCCCAUGGAGCAGCGUCCGAGGCAGACCCCGCGGCUACUAAACCAGCGCCAGAGCCGUCAGGUUCAGAUACGACGCAGACUACAUCAUUGUUGCCUGUGAAUAGUUUGUCCAUGGACGACGUCCUGUCCUGGGCGGAGGAAGUUGCAUGA